AUGGGCCGCGACUUGCUGGUGCGAUGCGGGGCCUCGGUUCUGUGCGGACCAGACGGACUGGAAGUGACCUUUCUGAAUGGCUACUCUGUCAACUGUUCCAUGACAAUGAUUCACUCUGGAUCCCAAAUGGUGCUAUCAGCGGGCACAUCACCAACGGCAGAAGGGCAGUGGGCAGAUAUAUGCUGGGGACUCCUCGAACCCGAAAGCAGGCAGAACAACGGCAUACAGUCUUUAUACAGCCAAUGGCGACCCUGGAUUCAGAUGCUGCAUCCCUAUGCUCCUCCUGCAGAUCCCCUCCAUGUUACUUUAUAUUAUGAUAGAGAUGACAAUGAAAUCUAUCAGCAUGCAUUCUAUCAGCACUUAGAAGGGAUUCAAUGGGAUAUUUCCUCCAGUUGCAUUCUGCUAGGGAAAGAAGGUGUGGCGGGUGUUGUUGAACUAACUGCAGAACAGUUGGAAUGGUAUGAGAUGUCUGAAGAAGCUAUACCUCAUGUCACAUUGGCCGUGCAUGCUGAAUAUCAGGCCAAGGGUCUGGGACCUUUGUCCAAACGUUUGAUGGCGCUAACUGAUUGGGUGUGGACUCAGUUACCCGGUUUACAAUAUUCACCAUCGGAGGAAGCCUAUAGAAUUAUGUACAGGGCAACUGACAAGGUACUACUGGAACAUAGGCAGAUUGAAAGGUUUCACGGCAGGGAAAGAACAGACCAUCCACAGGCUGCAGCGAUGCUUGACACUCUACCAGAUACCUUGUGGUCAGCAGGUCCAACGGACGUUGGGUACUGCAAACAUGUCACACCAAUCACAUUCGAUUUAAUAGAGCACACUCCGAUUUGGCAGAGACAAUACUCACACAAACCAGAGACUGAACCCGGCAUUGCCGACACAAUUGAAGGAUUGUUAGCAGCACGGGUGCUAGAACCCUCCCGGUCAGCCUGGAACACUCCUAUCUUACCUGUAGAGAAGCAGAAUACAGGUAAAUACAGGAUGGCGCAUGGUCUUAGAUGGAUCAAUAGUGUUGUCUCUACUCCAACAGUUCCAGUUCCAAACCCAUACACUGUGAUGUCUGUGCUGACCCCUGACCAUAAGUGGUUCUCGUGCAUUGAUCUGGCCAACGCGUUCUUCUGUUUGCCCCUAGCUGAUUAUUUGAGGGACAUUUUCUCGUUCACCUACAAAGGCCAAUAACUACGUUACACAAGGGUCCCUCAAGGGUUUAUUUUGUCACCUGGGGUGUUUAAUCAGGUACUGAAACAGCAGCUGAAGGACCUGACGCUCCCAAAGGGGGUGGUAUUGAUCCAGUAUGUGGAUGACAUUCUUUUGGCAGCACCCGACCAUGUUUCUUGUCUCGCAGCCACAGAGUCGUUGCUGAUUCACCUGUAUAACGUUGGUUUCAAAGUCUCACGGGCUAAAGUGCAAUGCUGCAGACAAACGGUGUCUUUUCUGGGUAGAGUUAUUUCCGCUAAAGGAACAGGUGUGUCUCUGUCCCACAGAUCCUCCAUUCUGCAUCAUACCAAACCAGUCUCGUUUCUUGGGUUGGCAGGAUACAGUAGACAAUUCAUUGCAUCAUAUGGGGAGCUCACUUUCCCUCUGAGGGCCAUGGUAAACGAGCAAGGCAUGAGAAAUUUGUCGGCCCAUUUGCAGUGGACCACGGAGGCAGAUGAAAGUUUCAUAUCUCUCAAACAGGCCCUAACGCGGGCUGCUGAUUUUGGGGUCCCAGAUUACAAAGAGCCAUUUUUCCUCAAUAUUUCUGAAAAAUUACACACAAUAAAUGGUGUUCUUUUUCAGAAAAAAGGGGGAGGCAGGCAGGUGCUGAUGUAUGUAAGUAUUACCCUUGACCCAAUAAAGGACAGACACCCGCCAUGUACAAGACAUGCAGCAGGGGUAGCAAAAAUUCUCCAAAAGGUAGCACAUAUAGUCAUUGGCCAUUCACUAACAGUACUGACGGCACAUAGUAUAGUGGCCUAUGUGAACUCAACAGCUUUUACAAUGACGACAGAUGGUUGCUGUUACAGACAUCCAACUGAGGGACUUAAAGCAGCCUAUGCAGUGGUGCGACAGACAAGUGAGGGAUUUGAGCAAGUGUUGACAGGAAGAGUGACAGGUAAAGAAUCAUCCCAGUUGGUUGAACUACAGGCGAUGAUAGCUGCGUUAGAAUGGUCAGAGGGAAAAAGGGUAAAUAUCUACACCGACUCAGCAUAUGUGGCAGGGGCUAUACAGGUAGAACUCAGUCAAUGGAUCAGGGCAGGAUUCUUAACAGUAACAAAAACCCCAAUUAAACAUGAAAAAGAUAUGAGAAGAUUAGCGGAGGCCCUAAUGAGACCUGCAGAAGUGGCGGUGGUCAAGUGUAGAGGACAUGAUAAAGCAGAUACAGUAGUAGCAAAGGGCAAUCAGGAAGCAGACUCAGCAGCAAAGAAAGCACAGAAAGCCUCUCCUCAUGAACUGACAGUUUGGAGAGAGAGAGGGGCCACAGAGUCAGAAGGGAUUGGGAGGUCACCGGACGGUAGACCAGUCCUACCCCCAGGUUUGAUAGCUUCUAUGCUCCAGGAAGCUCAUGGGUUGACACAUUGUGGGAAAACACAGAUGCAGAGGUAUCUGACACAUUGGUGGCAUCCGUUCUUGCCAGCAAUGAUUGAAAAUUACAUCAGAGAAUGUCGAACGUGUACAGAAUACAAUGUGAGAGUAACAGUGAAACCACACGAGGGAAAAUUCCCUCUCCCAAGAAUUCCAGGUCAGGAAAUAGUGCUUGAUUACACUGACAUGAUAGAGAGAGUAAACGGAUACCAGUACAUUUUGGUAGCAGUGGAUGCAUUCACUGGUUGGCCAGAAGCGAUACCGGCGAUAAAGGAAGACGGAAAAGCAGUGAUCAAAUUCUUGAUAAACCAAUACAUUCCAAUGCAUGGGUUUCCAAGAGUCAGGUCAGAUAAUGGCACACAUUUUAAGAAUAAGGACCUGCAAGAAGUUGAAGCAGCUUUCGGACUGAAACGUGUUCGGAACAGUGUACCACCCCAUCCUCAGUCACGGGGAAAAGUGGAAAGAAUGAAUCAAUCCAUAAAAGGAAAAAUAGGAAAAGUGUGUGCACAAACAAAGUUAAGCUGGGUGGAUGCCCUACCUUUAGCUUUAAUGUCCAUUAGAAGCUCAGUAAACUCUAUUACAGGGUUCACCCCGUAUGAGCUGACAACAGGGCAGCAGUUCCCGGGACCAGGAGCUGGAAUACAGAUGUUAGAGGGAGGAGGAGCCUCUCUAAGGUACAAACCUUACUAUGACCAACUAACAGCUUUGGUGUCAGCUUUCUCCAAACAGGUUGGACCGGAAAAGGGGGAACUACAGAGCCAGGCGCCAUCUACCACAGACUGGGUCCUGCUGAAAGUGAUCAAACGGAAGUGGCCGGAGCCAAGGUGGACAGGACCUUAUAAGGUGGUGGAGAAGACAUCUCAUGCGGUUAGACUACAGGGGAAAGGAGAAAGCUGGUACCAUUGGAGCCAGUGUGCAGCCACGGAACUGCCAGCGAGAACUCUAGAACAAAUAAGAACAGAAAGAGAGUAG